AUGGCUGAGAGAAGUGUUGCUGAUGAUGGCGGGUCAGCCGCGGCAGCAGCAGCAGCAGCGGCGGCCAGUGCCGUUUUCGACCCGACCGGUAUGAUGCCUCAGCCAGAUGACGGUCAGAACUAUCAGGCACAGCAGGAAGCAAUGGUUGCUGGUGGGAUGGUCCCUGCCUUUGAAUUCCCAGGUAGAGACGGUAUGCCUCCGCCGUGGGCGGCCUUUGACCCUUCGGCUAUGGUUUUCCCGCCGAUCCCCCCAGGGUUCGGUCCGGGAUUCUUCCCUCCACCACCGCCUAUUCCCCCAGGAGCUACUACUCAUCAUUUGUCCCCUGAAAGCCCAGCCGCCAUGGCAGCUGCCGCUGGCUUGCCUCCUGGCUGGGCCGACUAUUUGGCCACUGCUGACAAUCCGGGUGAGAUCGUCCAGGCCAUCCACGACUUGGCCGCUAUUCAACAGCUGGGGCCCGAGGACGAUUCGGUCCUGCCCCGAGGAGUGUGCCGAGAAGGGCGUGGUUGGGUCGCUAGUGUGAGGCUUUUACGUAAGCAGUUAAAGGGUCCUGUACGGCAUACCAUACAGCAGGCGGCAAGCGACCGUUUACAUAUGACUAUGUUGAAGAAUACUCGGCCUCAUCAUGAGGUAUUGGAGAUGGUCCGGGCCAUGAAGCGGCGGAAACGUCCCAAUAGACAGCCUGGUCUACCCCCACCGCCCAAGCAGCCACGGAAACAGAACAGGAUACGAGAUUCGGAGGAGUACGAGGAUUUACAGCGUGCAGGCGCCUCCCAACACGGUGUUGUUGUUGACGACAAGGCCGACCCUACCAUGGUAGCUGCCGCAGCUUCUGCUGCUGCCUGGCCAGCCGCUCCCGGGACUGACAAUGGGAGUUCGGUCCUCGAGAUGGGCCCAUCGUCUGGUGCAGAAGGGUCGAGUAGCUCAGCUGGACAGGAGGCUGGUCGUGGUGCUGCAGAUCGAGAUACUGAAGCCCUACUUGCGGCUAAUAUCCACCAAAUGUCUGUACUACAAGCCCAACAGUUGAGUGUAUUACAACAGCUUAUGUUUACACAACAACAAGCGGCAGCCAUAGCGGCUUCAGCUGGAAGAGGCGACGAGGACGGCGUUGAGAUAUCCAUCCCGGAAGCCGCUGAGGAUGGUAUUUCUAGUACCAAUAGCUCGGCUGUGGUCGGCGGUGGAGAAGAUUCGAGAAAUCGUCCUAAUUUAGGAUUAUCGUCAACGUCAUCGCAUCCUGCCGAAGCCACUGAUGGUAGCAGUGGUGGUUCGGUGGUAACGAUAAUACCCAAGAUGCGCAUCUUCAUCAAUAACGUCAAUGCUCCACUCGGGAGGACACUGAGUGGUCAUCUAAGGCGACCUAAGCAGGCUGAUGCUGCUGAUGAUGACCAACAAGCUGGUCUUAAUCGUAUCCUAGGGACCCUGGCCGACCUUGACGGCCCUCUGGGGCAGGAGGUUGGAGCUAAGCCGAAAUCGUGCCAAAGGGUUCUGUCUAAAACAAAGCCGAAGAUACUUGCCAAGACCAUUCUGGAAUGCGAUAUGGCAGUGUACUGUCUGAGCGAAUGUGAAGUGUGGGAGGUGGAAAACAUAAUCAUGCGAGCAGAGGAGCACCAAUUCGCCCAACCCUUCAGCUUUGUCAUGCUCAGCAGCGUUGAAGUAUGGGGUGGCUUCAGUGGGGGUGAAGAUGGAGGCCAGGCUGUUGGUCAGGUUACAUCGUAUGUGAUUUGCCAUGGAAUGCUGUAUGGUCUUGGGGAACUUACAGGGAUCUUUUACGAUCUAUUCAAGAACGCAUGGAUCGGUCGGAAGGACUUCCUCAAGGUCUAUGGCACUGGGCAAAAUCACAUACCGAUGAUUCACAUGGUGGAUGUGGCUGGAGUGGUCAGGGCAUUAUACGCCAGAGCUUCGGCUACCGCUGCGGGGGAAGAGGAUCCUUUUAAACCUGUGGUGGUGGAAGAGGAAGAGGAGGAGGAGUCCAAGGAGGAAGUAGAAGCAGUUGGAGAGGGACCGAAGUACCCUCAUUUGAGUAGUACUGACCUCUUGAGAGCGUCACUACUAUGCGGGGCAGAUAAAUACAUAAUGGCCGUUGACGACGCUCAAGACGUUCAAGAGGAUAUCGUUAGAGCUGUCGCUGAGGAGAUGCUAGGCCUUGGUCGUGACGAGCCCAUCACGUAUGUAGCACCUGUCUCCUGA